AUGCUACUGGCUCGGGGCUCCGUCGAUGGGCUGGGAGAGGGCCGCUGGCGGUGGCCAGAUACCUACCCAGUGGGACGAUGCCAGCAACCCGGGUCCCUCCCACCCCGGACCGAAGUGCAAGGUGGGAGGCAAGCUGACAUCUUGCGGGACAGAGGAGGGAACCCCGACGGCAAAAGGAGAUCUAGGCUCUGUGGAGACCCCAGGGGAAGACGGGGAAGGAAGCCCAGGACCCUGCCAACAAGUCCGAAGACAAGGAAGGCGAGAAAGACACAGACGCAGAGACGGCCAAGGAAGACGGCCCGAUGGCAGAGUCAAAACCGACGGAGGCUGCGGAGGCGCCGGCGGCCACCUCCGGGCCUGGCUGCGCUGGGCGAGGCUCCCAAAGCUUUGCAGACCCAGGCGGCAGAGCCUGCGGCCCCCACCCAGGCCCCCACCAGCUUCAGAUUCAGAACCCAGCAGCACCGAGGCUGCCCCGUCCUCCUAGGCGACCCCGGCAGGCACAGAAGCACCCAGUUCCACGCCCGGAGACCCUGGCCCCUAACUCUGAUCAAACGGUAG